ACAGAAAAAAUAUAGUGAAAACAUCUGUCCCAAAUCAGGGCUAGGAAGUCGGUGACAGGAAGAAUUGCAUUGCAUCCCCGUUCACUCGCCGCCGGUGAGAACUCUGCCACUUCCACCUCGCCGGUCGUGGUCAAUUCAUCGAUCUCAUUUCAGCAGUCAAAUAAUAAUUGUACGAUAAAAGGGUGAAGAUGACAAGAGAAGACGAGGAUACAGAGCAUGAGGAACGAGUAAAGAGGCAGAGAGUCUUUGAACAAUCUUCUACGUUGUCUUCUUUGCCGCCGCAACUUGAAUCUGGAAAUUCACUUCUUCCACUUGCAUCUUAUGAUGACGAAGAAGAUGAGGAUGACAGAGGAAUUGAUGGUAUAGGCAAAGACAGUGACAGGAACAUAGACCAAAAUGGGAAAAAUAACACAACUUCUUAUGAUGAUUAUGAUGAAGAAGAUACCUUGAGUGAGGCACAAGGUCAGAGGAAGAGCAAUAGGGUAAUUGAACUAAGGAAGGACUGUCCUUACCUUGAUACAGUGAAUCGGCAGGUACUUGACUUUGAUUUUGAGAGAUUUUGUUCAGUCUCUUUGUCAAACUUGAAUGUGUAUGCAUGUUUGGUCUGUGGGAAAUAUUAUCAAGGAAGAGGGCAAAAGUCUCAUGCCUACACACACAGCCUUGAAGAAGAUCACCAUGUUUACAUCAAUCUUCGGACAGAGAAAGUUUAUUGCCUUCCUGAUGGAUAUGAAAUUAACGAUCCAUCACUGGAGGACAUUCGGCAUGUUUUAAAUCCAAGGUUCGCGAGAGAACAAGUUGCAGAGAUUGAUAGGAAUAAGCAAUGGUCUAGGGCCCUUGAUGGCUCUGAUUACCUUCCUGGAAUGGUUGGCUUGAAUAACAUUAAGGAGACAGAUUUUGUCAAUGUCACAAUUCAAUCUCUGAUGAGAGUAACCCCACUUAGAAAUUUCUUUCUCAUCCCUGAGAACUAUGAAAACUGCAAAUCUCCCCUUGUUCUUCGCUAUGGAGAGCUGACAAGAAAGAUUUGGCAUGCUAGGAACUUCAAAGGGCAGGUUAGCCCUCAUGAGUUUCUUCAGGCUGUUAUGAAGUCAAGUAAGAAGCGAUUUCGAAUAGGUGUGCAGUCAGAUCCAGUUGAAUUUAUCUCUUGGCUUCUUAAUACCCUUCACGAAGAUCUUAAACACUCAAAGAAAGGUCGCAGUAUUAUUCACCAAUGUUUUCAGGGAGAACUGGAGGUUGUGAAAGAGAUACAUGGAAAACGAUUCUCAGAAAAGAAAGAAGGCGGGGAAGAACUGAACAAUGGCAAUGUAGAUCGAAAAGAAAUCGAUGGUGUUGUCACAGAAACAAGCAGGAUGCCAUUCUUGAUGCUUGGACUUGAUUUACCUCCACCGCCUUUGUUUAAAGAUGUUAUGGAGAAAAAUAUUAUCCCACAGGUUCCCUUGUUCAACAUAUUGAAGAAGUUUGACGGUGAAUAUGUGACUGAGGUCGUGCGUCCUCAUAUUGCAAGGAUGAGAUACAGGGUCACUAAACUGCCUCGUUAUAUGAUUAUCCACAUGCGAAGAUUCACAAAGAACAAUUUCUUUGUAGAAAAAAACCCAACCCUUGUCAACUUUCCUGUGAAGAAUUUGGAGCUGAAGGAUUAUAUUCCAUUACCUACCCCUAAAGAGAAGGAAAAGAUAUGCACAAAGUAUGAUUUGAUUGCGAAUAUUGUUCAUGAUGGUAAACCAGGCGAAGGUUCUUACAGAGUUUUUGUUCAGCGGAAGUCUGAAGAACUAUGGUAUGAGAUACAAGAUUUGCAUGUAUCUGAAACUCUUCCUCAGAUGGUUGCUUUGUCAGAAACUUACAUGCAGAUAUACGAGCAGCAGCAACAUUAAGGCAGGCUCUAAGAAACCUAACUUUGGAGGACAUAUAUGAUUUGCAUCUACAGAGCUUUCGGGUUUCUAUCUAUGUUGUAUUUGGUAUUAUUGAUGUUAUCUUGAUGGCUAAUGAAUGCUAGUGAACAGGACAGGACAAGACACAAUUGCAUGAUAUGCAUCAUGCAAUUUUGGAGAUGUUUCUUUUUGGCAGAGAUUAUUGAUAUUUUGUUGUA